AUGGAAGGUAGAUACAAUAUGAACUAUAACACGAACAGUACUAGUUACGAUGAUCGAGAAAGAUGCCAUUUUUAUUACAAGGUUGGUGUAUGCCGUCAUGGGAACAAGUGUUCCAAGAAACACAUCCCACCUGCCAAUUCGAGGAGCAUCGUGGUGCUAAAUAUGAUUGCUUUCCAAUCUGAUGGCACUCGGAUGAGCGAUGUUGAUUUUGAUGGAUAUUACGAAGAUGUGUUUAUCGAGCUGUGUAAAUUUGGUAAGAUCAAGUCUUUUCUGAUCACAGAGAAUGGCAAUGAUCAUCUGAGAGGCAACGUCUAUGCGUUAUAUGACAAUGUGCGUUCUGCCAAAGAGGCUAGAGAUAGUCUGAAUACGAGAUGGUACAACGAGAAGCCAUUGUAUAGUGAUCUGACACAUAUCGUUGAUUUCAACGAUGCUAUUUGUAGGAAGUACGAUGUUGGAAGCUGCGAUAGAGGCAAUGAGUGUAAUUUCAUGCAUGUGAGAAGACCUUCGCCGUCGUUGAAGUCUGAUUUGGACAGAUCACAGGCCAAGAAAUGGCAGAGCCAAGGCCAGAACUAG